GACGUUCAACAUGCGUGAAUUGCAUCGUUUCAUAUAUUAUCAAUAAAAGAAGAAAAAAUGCCGGGAUGUACAGCAGAUUACUGCACAAAUUCAUCUGCGAAGGGAUUUAAAAUGUGUUCUUUCCCAAGUGAUCCUGAAAGACGUCAAAUAUGGGUGAAAAACAUGGGUCGCGACAAUUGGACCCCAACUUCUAACUGCAGACUGUGCGAGGUUCAUUUUGAGUCUACGAUGUGGGAACGACAACGACUAGAUGGGAAAAAGAAACUAAAAUUCAAUGCAGUUCCUACCUUAUUUGGAAAACAUAUUCCCCAUAGAGAUGCUACGUGUGAUAUUACUCCUCAAAGUGUGGAGAUUGCUGAUACUUCUUCGAAUCCAUCUGUGAUAUCAUCAGAGAUAAAUCUUGUAGAACCAGAGACUGAAACUGAAAUCAGCAGUGAAGGAACGGUAGAAUUCGAAGCGACCGACACCAAUAUCGUGUCGACUGAUUUUUCGAAGAGUAAUGAGCAUUUGGAGCGCAUGCGGAAAUUACUCCUCAAGAGUGAAAGACUGCGGAAAAAGAUGAAGAAGAAACUCAUAUCAGCGAAGAAGACUAUCAAGAGACUCCAAAGUAGAAUUUAGCUGACCUGAUAUUCCUCAGACGGGGUCUCGCGGCCUACAUAAAAUGAACAUAUAGGGGAUACGUGUGCUCGAUGGUUCCUUCACUCAAAUGCAGUCUAGAUUUGUAUUACUUGCAAUUGAAAUUAUACCCACGAGAUUAUUUUACAUCAAUGAUUUCUUGCAGUAUUAUCACACUUAUUUUCAUU